UGGAAGCGCUUCGCUCCCGAUGAGCGAGAAACAACGAUCUAGCAAGGCCGCCGCUGCAUCAGUCGCUGACAACGACAACACGGUGACCGACGCCAUGCUGACCUCCACAACCACAGCCAAGAAGCGGCAAAGAGAUGCAGACGUGGGGACAGAGAGGAGAGCACGAGAAGACGAGAAUGAUGAAGACGAAGAUGAGGAUGAGGAUGAGGAUGAGAUUGGCGAGAUCGACUUGCUGCGGGCGGAGAGGGAUCAGCGGCGGGCGGUGGAACAAGACGACGAUGAAGAUGACGAGAAUGAGGGGGAGGAUGAAGAGGCAGAGGGAGAUGAAAAGGAGGAAGCAGACUUCGUAAGGGGGGAUGGAUGAAUGAGUGGCUCAGAUCGCUUUUGUUGCUUGGACGGGUGUGUGGCUGGUGGCUGUGUGGCUGGAUGUGUGUGUGCAGGACACGCUCAACGCCGAGUUUGACUUCUGCGACCCGAGCGAAGGCGACUUCCAGGGGUACACUAUUGGGCCCAUGUGAUGUGGCCCAUACCAUACACACAGGCAGUGGGUCUCAUGUCAUGUGACUGCCUGUGUGUGGUUCAUGGUGCAGGGUGAAGCUGUUGCUGCACGAGUGGCAGCUGUCCAAGAACUUCAACCUCUCGCAACUCGCACAGUGUGUAUGCGAACAGGUGGGCACACACACGACAGGACGACACGACACACGCACAUGUGCUCAUGUCCAUCAUGUGAUUGGCAGGGGAAUAUCGGGUCGAUCAUCAAGGCUGACAGCGGGAAGGACGGGGAGGGGCAAGGUGGUGAGGGUGAUGACGACGACGAUGCGGCCCUGUGUGGCGUGCUGACGCUGCUCAACUUCCAGCAGUACCAAGACGUCAGUCAGAUCACGAAGCACAUGUACGACGGGCUCUUUAUCUUCUCUCUCUCUCUCUCUCUCUGUGUGUGUGUGUGUGUGUGUGUGUCAUCUGUGCAGACAUUUGGCUGCCUCAAGCAGAUCCGCAGCUACAUCCUGGAAAAGGCCAAGUAGGCACACAGGCACACCCACACUCACACGCGUGCACCAUCAGUCACUUGUGUGGUGCUCUCUGCUGGCGCUCUCCCUGUGUGUGUCAGGAAGCACGCAUCAGCCGAAGACCAAGCGACACUCGGUGCGCACCGCCCACAGCCCGUUUCCUUGCAGCGAACAACUGCCACAUCUCUCUCUCUUUCUCUCUCUCAGAUGGCCUCCUGAAGCCGUCAAGUCCGACCUAUGAGGGCGGCAAGAAGGCGUGUGUGGGUCUUUUGGUCAACGAGCGGUACAUCAACUUGCCGCCCUCGCUGAUCCCGCCCCUCUACCAAACCAUGUGGGACGACGUCAAGUGGUCGCUUGAGACGCCGGUCUGUCAGAGAGAGAGAGAGGGAGAGAGAGGGAGGGAAGGGAAUGUGCAUUGCGUGUGUCUGGAUGGAUGUGUGUGUGUGUGUGCACACAGGAGUGCCCCGAGGACGAAAAGCAGCACUACCACUUCACCCACUUCGUCGGCAUCUCGAAGUCAGCCACAGCACACACACGCUCACACACAGAGAGAGACAAAAGCCCAUCCAUCUCUCUGUGCUGCCUGUGUCAACAAUCAGGUUCUACCGUGACCCCACUGCUGGUGGUGGUGCUGCUGGUGGGGCGCCGAAGGGCAAGAAGAAGAAAAAACGGCAGAAGACAGACACGGCAGAUGGGAGUGGCAGUAGUGGUGGUGGUGGUGGUGAUGCGGUGUACGUCAAGUUUGAGGACGAGGUGUUUGUCAAGAACGCGACGCUGACAUUCGAAUUCCCCACCAGCAAAUCGGUUAGUCAUGGAGAGGGCAAACAUGUGUGUGUGGCGUGUGUUGUGUUAUUCAUGUGUGUCUCUCAGGUUCGCAUGACGUCUCGCGAGAGUGCCGGUGCAUCGCAGUCCUUCCCAGAGUACAAACUGGUAGGUGCCUGAAUGGCUUGCGUUGGUCGUCACACACACACCGACACAGACACGGGUGUGUUGUUUGUCUCUGUUGGCUGGUUGGUGCGGCAGGUGUAUGUGGUGCCGUACUCGAAGCUGCCGUCGCUGACUGCCGCCAUGAAGGAGAUCGCCCCGCCGCUGCCCACACAGAACAAGUAGUAGUGAUCCGACCUGCAGGACUGGCGAGUGUAUGUGUGAGUGAUUUUGAGUUUGUCGUUGUGGCUCGACGGCCGGCUGUGUUUGGCCUUCCGUCGACCGGCGACAUCAGUGCACUCUCACCCCUGACGUGAGAAGGCUCUCUUGUGACCGCGAGAUGGAAGGAAAAACACAGUGGGCCGCUGGAUGGACGGAUGAACGGAUGCGUGUGUCUUUUGCUAGUAAGUGAGGCAUACACUGAGCGAUGGGGAAGCAUCUUGAUCCAUUGAUGAUGAAGGCGUCAGCAGUCAACACGCCCACACACGACAUGCAGUCAAGUCAGUCUAUCUGAUUAACAGUGCC